UCCUGGGCAGGGACGGGGAUCCCUCCAGUUCACUCUGAUAAUUUGUGUGCAGUUCUUAGCGUCCCCCUGAAAACCAAAGUGUGCACAGUAAGAAUUAAACUCCAAGCAAAGAGUGACAUAGCACACGUGUACUGUAGGUAUGCGUCUGGUAACGGGGAUCAGCUCCAGGCAUCCCAAACAGUCCAGGUAUUAUGGAAGAAGGAAGCAGCAUUGCAGUAUUGAUGCCAAAUAUUGGGGAGCAGGAGGCUGUGUUGAUUUCUGAAACAGUCAUUGGCCCAACACUGCAGAGCAGUGAAGAGCAGAGAAAAUGUAAAACUGACCCCCUGAUCCACGUCAUCCAGAAGCUGAGCAAAAUAGUUGAAAGUGAGAAGUCACAAAGGUGCCUUUUAAUAGGGAAGAAACGUUCCCAUGCCGACGCUUCUGCGCAGUCCUUGGACGCAGCCGAGCUCUGUGAAAUCCCAGCUAAAGCCAUCGAGCUCUCGGUGAUUGCUACUAAAAAGACUGAAGAGUUGCAAGCAGAUUAUUUUGUGACUGAAUGUCUUCCACCAAGCAAAAAAAAGGUGACGUGCUAUCAAUGCGGUCUCUGUAAUUUUCUAUCGCCUUCGCUCUUAACUCUACAAGAGCAUAUAAAACAACAUGGGCAAAAAAAUGAAGUGAUAUUAAUGUGCUCAGAAUGUCAUUUUGCCUCCAAAAGCCAAGAAGAACUUGAAUCCCACUUCCAACAUCACCACGAGAAUGGUGGUAAAAACAGCAUCCAGAAAAAAGUGCAGCAGUGUGUCAACGUCACAAGUUCAUUUCUGCAAGGGCCGGUGGAAGGAAGUGUCAAAUCAGGGACUGAUCAGACAGGAAACGUGGAAUGUAAGGAUGCAGCUCAGUCUGCUCCUGUGCCUGAAAUGGGUAGGAGGAAAUGGUACACCUACGAGCAGUAUGGCAUGUACAGGUGUUUGAUUUGCAGGUACACCUGUGGUCAGCAGAGGAUGUUGAAAACACACGCCUGGAAACACGCGGGGGAGGUUGAUUGCUCCUACCCCAUCUUUGAGGAAGAAAAUGAAAACACCAGCUUGUCAGAGACAGUUGUAACUCACACACCUCAGAGUGUGGAUACAGUUGUCCUCUCUUUGGAAAACAGUGAACUUGAUAUCCAUAGUGAGCCUUCUCUUCAGCUUCAGAUUUGCAAUUCUGAGCAGCUGUCUUGUAAAUCGCCCAUAGGAACAAAUGUAAAAGAGGAAGAGAUAUUGAGUGAGUCCGUGGUGCAUUCUCCUACUACAGAGGUUGUAGAGGAGACUGUGUCAGAUACAGAACCAGACAAUAUGAUAACUGACAGCCUGCUUUCAUCAGCACAGAAAAUCAUCAGUUGUAGUCCAAAUAAAAAGGGUCAUGUUAAUGUCAUAGUAGAGCGUUUGCCGGGUGCUGAAGAAAGUGUUUUACAAAAGCCAUUCUUAAUGAACACUGACAUUGAAACAGAAAAAAAAUUGAUCUCAGAGGAGUCCUCUGUUACCUGUGAAGACCCUGAAGUUUAUCAUUCAGAUGCAAUUCAGGAAGUAAUAAUAGAAUGGAAUAACACCGAGAAGAAAGAUAACGAAUUAAGCACUAAUAAAAAUGUAACAGCUGAUGAAAACGUGCCUCCUGCACGAAGGAGGACAAACUCAGAGUCUUUGCGACUGCACUCCUUGGCAGCAGAAGCUCUUGUUACAAUGCCAGUUCGAGCUGCAGAGUUGACCCGGUCCAGCCUCAGGGCUCUGACUGGAGAAGAUGCUGUGGAUGCAGGUGCAGGACAGGGAGGAGCCGAUGGCCCGUGCAUGGCUCACUCUAAAGUGGUGUCCUCACUUAAGGAUCCUUCAGAGGAGUUCGGUGGCUUAAACCAAAGUGAAUGUGCAAUAGUUGAGAUAAAGAAAGACAGACCGGAGCUAUCAGAAGCGCCAAUUAAAAUGGGCAUCAGCAUGUCACUGCUCACCGUCAUUGAAAAGCUGAAGGAGAGGACGGACCAGAACGCCUCGGACGAUGACAUCCUGAAGGAGCUGCAGGACAACGCGCAGUGCCAGGGCGGCGGCGAGGCGGCCGUGGCGGGCAGCAGCCUGGUGGAGUUCAUCCCCAGCGCCGAGCGGCCGUACCGCUGCCGCCUGUGCCACUACAGCAGCGGCAACAAGGGCUACAUCAAGCAGCACCUGCGCGUGCACCGCCAGCGCCAGCCCUACCAGUGCCCCAUCUGCGAGCACAUCGCCGGCGACAGCAAGGGCCUCGAGGGCCACAUGAUCAACCACUGCAAAGCUCGCAUGUACCAGUGCAAGCAGUGCGAGGAGUCCUUCCACUACAAGAGCCAGCUGCGAAACCAUGAAAGAGAACAACACAGUCUUCCAGAUCUCUUCUCCACAGCCACAGCUAACAAACUAAUAGUUUCCAACGAAGCAGAUGAUAGAGAAGGAAGCAAGUGUUCAGGCCAGAAGCUGUUCAGGUGUGAUGUCUGUGACUACACGAGCACGACGUACGUCGGCGUGCGCAAUCACCGCCGCAUCCACAGCUCGGAUAAGCCAUACAGAUGUCGCGUGUGUGACUUCGCCACCACAAAUAUGAAUAGCUUGAAGUGCCACAUGAGGCGGCACCCCCAGGAGCACCAGGCAGUGCAGCUCUUGGAACAGUUCAAAUGUUCUCUCUGUGGAUAUGUAUGUAGCCAUCCUCCAUCCCUGAAGUCCCACAUGUGGAAACAUGCAAGUGACCAAAAUUACAACUAUGAACAAGUGAAUAAAGCUAUUAAUGAUGCAAUUUCACAAAGCAGUAGGUUUCAAGGACAGCUGACUGACAAAACCUUAUUAGAAGGUGCAGAUGAAAGUACAGUACCUAUACUAGGAAGUUCAGACAACCUGGUGUCUUUUACAGAGUCCAUUAACCAGACUACAAAUGAAAUUUCAGGUUCUGAUGAAAAUGAAAAACCUACCUUGAUGAAUACCUCAUGCAGUUUAGAAAAGAACUCCACUCUACCCCAUCUUGGCACAGAAUACUGUGUUCUUCUCUUCUGCUGCUGCAUUUGUGGUUUUGAGUCUACCAACAAAGAAAAUCUGCUGGAUCAUAUGAAAGAACAUGAGGGUGAAAUCAUAAACAUCAUUCUAAACAAGGACCACAGCACGACUCAGAAUACAAACUAGGUGAAGCAGUAAGUUGAGAGGAUUUCCUAGAGUGAAUAUUUUCUUUUUUUGCUAAUUUUUGCCUGAGAAACUUGCUAAAGAGAAGAAUUGCAAGCAAAACUUGAUUUCCCAUCCUGAGUUCUUGUUUCAGUAGGAGUACAGUGUUUGAACCAGGGACCGAUGAAUCAUUUAAGAGAUAAAUAUAAGGUGUGGAGAAUAGAACGAUCCAAUUUAACCUGUUACUUCUUUAUAUGGUGCCAAGAAUGUAGGAUUGUUGUUUUUUUUCAUUUCCUGUCAGGUACUAGUCAGUAAUAAUGCAUUAGCACAGUACUUUAAAACCCAAAGGUGUGAAAGCUUUGAAUCACUUGAAAAGCUUCUUUCUUCCUACCUCUUUGUUGUUUUCCAAGUAAUUCAGCAAAGAAGGUUUUUACCCUCUUUUUUGAAAGAUGAUCUGGCAGAUCAGGUAGAACUGUUACAAUAUGAUCUGGUAAUCCGUCUCCCUGGAAGGUGGGGAGAGGGGAGGUGAGCCAGGGCAUGUGUGUGUCACAUUCACACACAGGAGUUCCAUUUUUCCCAGUCUAUUUUUGACUUUACAAACUCCCAUGUCAUCUUCCAACAAAGACUGCCAUCCUUUCCAUUGAUUUACAGCAUCAGGAGCUGAAGGGUCUAGAAGCAUUUUGUUAAUAACUAUUUGUUUGAUUGGAUCUUAACUACAAAACUGCUAUCUUUUCAACUCAUAGUGUGUCACAGAUUAUUUUUUAUAACAAUAACCUGUUGUUUUUUCGUGGUUUUCUUGACAUGUUCAAACAAAUUACUUAGAAAAAGAAAAACUUAUAAUGUCACUUUCCAUUUUUGGUGAUUAUUUUGCAGUAUGGAUGAGCAAUGUUUUUACUGAGAACAAGAUAUUAACAAUAAUUGCCACAAAGUGAUGCAGAUUAAAUCUAUGUAGAUUCCAAAAGAUGUAGGUGAGCACAAAUUGGGAUUUUCAGAACGCCUACGUGCUUUGGCAAUCUUUGAAAUGCCACUGGCUGGCCAAAUUUCCCACUUGUCUGUCAGAGCUGUAACUGUGGAAAUAAUGAGCUGAAAGAUAAUCUUCCUGUAGAAAAUCAUAUUUAAAAAAAGAAAUGGUAAACAAUGUCUUAAGCCAAACUGUAUCCAGUCACUUACUGAAUAAAUUUUACUAGUGCCUAUAGUAUGGAUUGAUAAAAGGAAUUAGAGAUUACCUUGUUGACUAAGAAACACACAGAAAUCUCACCCUUUAAAACCCUUCAGCUUUUAAAAUUACAGUGUGAGUAUUUUUUGUCUGUUGUUUUUACAGUUACAGCAGCUGGCAGCAGAAGAUACUCAUCUGUAUAUCAAUGUGGAAUAUUAUUACACUGGCUAGUUCCUGGCAACUUUGUUAAGUUAUUGAUUAAGUUGGCUGCUUAAUUUCUUGAAAGAUUCAUUAAGUGUAGUAUCACUUCCAGAGAAGCCCUUUGGCAGCCAGAUUAAAACUCCCUAGUUCAGGCAUGUGUUCCUGCUCCUGGUGAAUGGCAGAUGCCCAGCAGCUUGCCUGGUGCUCACACGGGCAUGCAGUGACCUGGUUUUUAGUAGCUCAGUAUUUACCAGAUUCCUUACUCUUAGGAAAACAGGGGUUUCUGGUUCCUGUAUUUGCACCCUUCUGGCAGCAGAAAUGAGCUGCUGCAGCUGUAAAUGUGAGAGGCUGGCACACGGAGUGUCUGUAUUGUGCUAGCACUGCCUGGAAGUGGCAACCAGGAAAAGAAAACAGUACCAGAAGUCACAGCUUCAUGAAGCAGCACAAAAUGUAGAGGCCAGGGUAAAAGCACUAAGACUUCAAGUGUAUUUGAUACUUGUUUGCAAGAGGUUUCCUCAAUUUGACUUCUUCUUUUGGGUUAAAUAGGUAUUAUUUUGUUUAUAAAUUAGAUAGCAGAAAGUACACAUUUGACUUGAAGAAUUAGUCAGGAUAUAAGGUCAAAGCAUUUUUGUGUUGAAUUUUUUACAUACUUUAAAUCCGUAUUUGAAAUUAAUUAUACAUUAUUUUUUGAUAAUAGUUAUUUUUCAUGUUCCUACAGCUGUAUUUUACAUUUGAAAAACACAUUAUUUAUUUACAUGAUCCCAAAUUCCAGAAGAGGUAAUACAAAUAUCCCAUUAAAAGUUUAUUGUCUUACUGACACCACUAUUUUACCUUCAGUAUAGAAUUAAUGUGAAAAUACUACAUCAUCUGGAAUAUAUCUCAACUUUCUCACUCAGAAAUCCCAUUUGUUUGAAAAGUUAAAGGACAGUGAGAUCCCUCGUAAUGCUAAACUACCAGUCAGUAUUCACAGAAACAAUAUUUACCACACUGUUAUUUUUGUGUAUUCUGUUCAAGUUGCUCAGCUAGUGAAAGACAAAAAAAGGAAAAACUUGCAUUCAUAAGCUACAAAGGAGAUGGCAGUGCACCAGACUUUCAGAAGGCAAUAACCUUGAAUCCAAACGAGCAGCUCUGGUGUGUGUGGAAGCCACAGGAGCAGUGCUCUGUGCAGUGCCCCAGGAAUCAGUGGCAGGAUUCCUGAGCAGGAUGUUCACAGUUGUUCUUUGCCAUCUUGUUGCUCUGUUCUUUUUGACCAUGUGUUCCUGUAAAACAGAAAGCUACUUGCCUCUAAAAACCAUUAUCAGUCCUGACAAAUGCCAACAAAGCAUUCUUUCCCAUAUGCACAGAGAUUUGCUUUUUUUAGCUGUCUCCAUGCUGCUUGCAAUUAGUUACCCACUCACAGUUCCCAGGGACUUUGUCAGAAGUCCUGCAUGUGAAAUAAUUAUAGACUUAAUUUUUCUCAAAGCAAAUUGUUUCUCAGGUUAUCUGCUUUUGAAAGUGUAUGGCUGGCCUGGUUGCAUGUUUUGUAAGGGGUUUUAAGCACAUUUCAGAGUCACUAACACUGCAAAUUUCCCCUUUCUUUAAGCUUUUAAACUAUUUUUGUCUCUUCAGUCACAGCACUAGCAGGCGAUCAGCUAUUCACGUGCUGUUUGUUUAAAUUAGAUUUUAUUCUGUGAUACAAACUGUACCUUGCAGCUUUGUUUGCAAUGCCUGUACUUCCACUAAAGAGCAAAAUUCAUACUUGGCUGUGCUGAAAAAUGGGUGCAUAUUUCAUCUUCCUGAUUUAUGCUUGACCUGGAAAAACAGAGUGGGAUUCAGUUGGAGUUAUUGUAUUUUCCUCUUUCAUAAGCACUUAUUUAAUCAUUUAAAGAAAUGUACAGUUGGUGCUCAAAGUAACAUUUGUUAAGAUAUAUUUAAUAGAAAUUUACAUUUGCAUUUGAUAUUCAUGGACAUGGGUACAUGUAUUUUUUUAAGAAAAGGUAUUGUAACACUAUGGCACUGCUUUUAUAGCCAAAGUAUAAAAAAAUUUAGAAAACUGACAUGUAAAGACUGCAGUUAAUUCUGAUACUGUAUCUUAUGAAAUAGGAUGAGUUUUGUUUUAUAAAGUUAUCCAGCACAUUAAGCUGCAUGCCUUAAGCUCUCUCUAGGAUUGUGUUCCUGAUAGGCAACUCUUUGGAAGGAUGAAGCAAAGUCUGUAGUACUACUUUAACUACCUUCUGGAAUACUGUACAAUGGUAGAAUAAUUUAUUUUGCUUUACAGGAGUUUGUCACGUAUUGACUUUAAUAUUGUAUUUUGGUAAUAAACUUUUUUUUGUUAAA